AUGGAGGUCGCUGCUCUACUAUUCGGUGUAACAGUGUUUAUUCUGACGCUACUUUACUUAGAAUAUUUACGGCUGCAGAACUAUUGGCUUGAUCGCAAUGUAUUAUGUGAACAGCCGCAUCCUGUUAUGGGCAGUCUCACGUUCUUAAGUAAAAUAAAUCCUGGAACAUGGAUGCGCAAAAUGUAUUCAGAGUAUAAAUCAUCCUAUUUAGGCAUCUGGCUAUUUUGGAGGCCAGCUCUUAUUGUCAAUUCGCCGGAAAUCGCGCGCAAAAUCUUGUCAACAGAUUCUUCAGUAUUUAAAGAUCGGUUCGCGAGUUGUAGCAGCAAUGAUCACAUUGGCAAGUUGAGCUUGUUUAAUGCCAAGGAGCCUGAAUGGGGAAAUUUACGGCGUCGUUUGACGGUUCCUUUAAGUGAAGUUAGGCUAAGGGCGAUGGAUGACUUUGUGCUUUCUAAAGCUAAAGAGCUACAGCAGAGGAUAAAAAAGGAACAGGAUAAUCCAGUAGACAUUACGGAAUUAUACGCUGACUUCGCUACUGAUAUUAUUGGUACAACCACACUAGGAGUGCCUUGCAACGCGACGCUAACUGGACAAAAUCCUUUACGAAGCAUUAAUAAGAACUUUGGUGACUUUAGCUCUUGGGGAGGUCUACCAUGGUGUUGCAUAUUCUUUUUCCCGAAAUUAGCUAAUAUUUUUGGAUCCAAAUUAUUUUCAAAAUCAGCUACAGAUUACGUAAGAAAGAUAAUAAAACCAGUAAUUGCCGAAAGAGAAGCAAAUAACGAACAUACCAAAGGUAAAGACUUGCUUGACGCUUUGGUGAAAAUCAAGAACAAUAACGAAGUCAAAGAUCCAGCUUAUCUUGAAAAUUUAGUGGUUGCUUCCGCGGCUACAUUUUUGUCUGGAAUUAUCACAUCAGGCAGUAUUCUUGCUCAUGCGACAUAUGAAUUGGCCCAUCAUCCUGAGUUACAGGAAAAAUUAUUUCAAGAAUUACUAGGAGCAAAGCAGAAAUAUGGAAAUGAGAAUUUUAAUUCCGAAUCUCUUUCCCAAUUAACAUAUCUUAACUGCAUUAUCAAAGAGGCUCUUCGCAAAUAUCCAACGGUUAGUUGGUUGGACAGGGUCGCCUCUGUUGAUUAUAAGAUAGAUGACGAUUUGACAAUCCAAGCGGGCACACCUGUGUAUAUCAACGGGAUUGGCAUGCAUUUCGACAAACACUACUUUCCAGACCCUAAUAAAUUCGACCCCAACAGAUUUCUACCUGAAAAUGAAGCAAAAAUUGUACCUUAUUCUUAUUUACCUUUUGGAGAAGGUCUGAGAAUGUGCAUUGGUUCAAAAUUUGCUAUGACGAUUGUACGUAACGCCUUGGCUUCAGUGUUCUUAAAUUACAAAGUGGAGCCUGUUUCUGGCGCACCCAAACCUCAAGACAUCGAGAUCGCAGCAUCUACAAUAUUUUACGUGCCUAGUAGGCCACUUCAAGUGAAAUUUAUAUCGAGGACU